AUGGCGUACUUGCCGGAAAUUGUAUACGGAACCCUUGUAAGGGGACUGCUGCGCAGGGCGAAGUAUGGCAGGGGACUUGCUCUCCUGGGCCGUUACGGUAGCCAUGAAGGCCUGCCCAAAACCCUGAAACGCCUGCCUAACGGGGCGCUAGUGAAGCUUGGAGGGCCAAUCACCCACCAAGCGAAUAGACGAGAUUACAGAAACCAUAGGAAAGGGAGUAGGUUUUAUACUGACCCCACAAGCGGCCAAAUCACUCAUAGGCUGGAAUCCAGUAUCAUCCAGAAUCAUUACGGUCAGAUUCCACACCAAGAUCGAAAAAGCCACCUUCAUCCAGUGCUAUGCACCUACAAACCAAACGAAGCUGACAAAGAUGCAAAAGCUGCUUUGUAUGAGAGGUUACCGGGUGUCAUAGAUGGAGUAGCCAGGAAAGAUCUGCCACUGUUGCUAGGAGAUCUUAACGCCAAACUGGGGAGUGAUAACACCAGUUUUGAAACAGUUAUGGGAAAAUAUGGUAUUGGGAAAAUAAACGAGAAUGGAGAGCUGUUUGCUGACUUCUGUUCCUUUAACAAGCUAGUCGUUGGAGGUAGUAUUUUUCCCCACAAGAAGGUACAUAAGACAACAUGGGUUUCUCCCGACAUUAAAACUGAUAACCAGAUUGACUCCAUCUGUAUAGCAUCAAAGUUCAGAAGGUCUUUGUUGGAUGUCAGAGUAAAGAUAGGGGCAGAUGUGGCUUCUGACCACCACGUUCUUGUGGGCAGAUGUCGCCUGAAGCUGAAAUACUAUCAUAUGACUUGCUCACAGAAGACAAGCCACAAGUACAACAUCGAGAUGCUAAAGGAUGGGGAAACAAAGAACUGGUUCCAGCUUACCUUGUCCAAUAAGUACCAAGCACUCGCAAGUCUCCGAGAAAGCGAGCAGCAUCCAAGGGAAGAGGAGAGCAAUACAGUAGUCAACCAAGUGUGGCAGAGAAUGAAAAAAGCUUGGAGGGAGACUUGCGAGGAUACAUUGGGAAGGAAGUCUAAACAGCAUAAGGCCCAUGUCAGCACAGAUACUCUGAAGAAGUGAGAAGCUAGAAAGGAGGAGAAGGAUGUGUUGAACCGGACGUAGGAGAAUAAGAGCCAAGACAGCGGAAGCCAGGACCAGAUACAAACGACGGCGGGAUGAGCAGGUUGGGUUUCGGAAGGAAAUGUCAUGUACAGAUCACAUUGCUACCUUUAAAAUCAUCCUGGAGCAGUCGCACUAGUGAAACUCUUCCCUUUACACGACCUUCGUCGACUUCGAGAAGGCAUUCGAAAGUGUCGACAGGGAAGUGUUGUGGAAACUAUUUCGUCACUACCGCAUCCCUGAAAAGAACAUCACCCUUAUACAGAAGACCUACGACAACUGCACCUGCAGAGUCAUCCACAAUGGAGUCCUUUCAGAACUGAUUGAGAUGCUCACCGGAGUACGCCAGGGAUGUCACGGUUGUCGCCCUUUCUGUUCUUGCUGGUCAUUGACUGGAUAAUGAGACAGACGACAGAGAAACAUCCCGAUGGCAUACAGUGGACCCUCAUGACUAGAAGAUUUACA